CCACAGCUGUUGUCAUGUGAUAGCCUCUCAGGGAAGCUGCUCUGGACAGAGGCUUCUCACUCUGAGCGCAGGAGAAAGUAAAAGAGCUUUAUGUUCGUCGUGGAAGAAGAACACGGCUCGUUCUGAAGGAGAGCAGGGGAAGCCGGGGUUGUGUAGUUUGACCCCUCGGACGCUUCAGCCAUGGGUUGCUGUUACAGUGGCGAGGACAACAGCUCAGGAGAGAAGAGCAGUGAGACAGACCCACUGAUUCCACCACCAAACCCUACCAGCAAACCUCCAAAUGGGACAGACUGGAUCACCACCAACGUCCCGUCUGCACGAACAGAUGAGCAGGCCCUCCUUAACUCCAUCAUCACCAAGACUGCACAGAACAUAAUUGAUGUGUCAGCAGCUGACUCUGUCGUGAUGGAGCAACAUGAGUACAUGGACAAAGCUAGGCAAUACAGUACAAAGCUGGCUGUGCUGAGCACCAGCCUUCAUCAAAAGAAAGCCCUCACUCUUCCCUCCUUAACAAGCCAGCCUCACCAAGUGCUCGCAAGUGACCUGGUGCCACACUCAGACGUUCAGCAGGUGUCAAAGAUAGCAGCUUAUGCUUACAGUGCAAUCUCUCAAAUCAAAGUGGAUGCUAAAGAGGAACUGGUGGUCCAGUUUGCCAUUCCCUGAUCCUGAGACUUUAAACCUGCAACACUUCGUCCCACCCUCCCUGUGUCGCUCCACAAUCCUCGUUCUCCAGCCCCAGCCUUUUAUUAAAGCGUUUUUGGUCCUCGUUCUUUUUAGUCAUGUCUCUGUUAAAGGCAGAUGUUGGGUUUCACUCAGCUGUUAGGGACAUUGUGAAGGGGCAGUGACGUUCGUCAGAUGGCAGACAGGCAGUGCAAGAUGGUUUGCUGCAGAUGAAAACGGCCGCCUCCGUAUUCAAUGCAGAUAUCACAACUUUUGUUUCAUUUGUGGGGAAGAUGUGCACGUUCUACAGUGAUUUCUACGAUUUUCUUAAAAAGUUUUUGGUGCCUAGUUUUUUAAUCGAGUCCUUUUGUCUGUAUGUUCUGGCGUUAUCUGAAGAUUUGCUGCACACCAUGUUUAACCACCAGAGAUGAAGGAUUUGUGGUUCAUGAUGGUUUUACUGGACAGAAACCUGAGAGGUUUCAUGUGGGCUGAGUAGACCCUUUCAAGUUGUAUUUUUAUGUAUGAUGGUUUCAAAUUCUUAGUUUAUUACUAGGAUAUAAGCCAAAUUGCAGCACGGCUUCACAUUUGUUCUUUAUGUGACUUAAACCUUUUAGUUAUUCGUCCAUUCCUCGGUUUAAACGGUAAAAAUGUCAGAAUCUUAACUUUAUAAAAGUUUUUUUUUUGUUUUUUUUUCCACAAAAAUAGUCAGUUGGCAUCAAAAACCAUCACAUCACCCUGACCGAAGGACAUUUUAUAACAAACUUUUCUUAAAACCUGGGAGUUAAAUGAGGCUUUGGUCAUUUAUUUAUUAAUGUAAUCUUGUCUUUCAAACAGAAGCCCAAUUAUUUUAAAAUCCUGUUUAAAGGUGAUUUGUGGUGGGUGAGGAUGCAGACGAUCAGGGGACUGCCUAGUGAUGUCACUCCGAGCAGGAGAUUUUUAUUUUUUUUUAUUUUUUGAAGCACAAGGCGUGUUUUAAGCUUCAACAAACAUUAAGUAUUUACAGGCAGCGGAGUAAUUCACAGUUGGAGAGCAGGGUGGGGGGAGGAUACAGGACUACUGUGUUUUCCUACCUUUGUACAGAACUUUGAGGUCUUUAUUAACAGCUGAUGUAUGAUGCUUUUUUUGUUUGAGAGUGAAUUGAUCAGACUCAUUGGAUGAGUUUGUUUUUUUAAUAAAUAAAAGCUACACUUUUAGGACCCUCCAUUGUUUAUUUUUCUCAAGACAUUGAUAAGUAACCAGCGUAGCAGCGUGGAAGGCAUUUUGUCUAUCGAAGCAGGUUUAGUCAUCUCUUACCUAUUUAUUUCUGGAUUAUUUCCUAAAUGUUUUGUGCUUUUGGAAAAAGAGCGCAGCGCUCGGAGCACUGCGAGCUGUCGCUAAAGGGAUUUAAUUAUUUAUACAACUGAUCUGAGCUUUCAUCGAAUGUCUUCGACUUGUUUGCGCCUGUUUGUUACUCAGAUAUGUAACACACAAAGACUGUAUGUUUGUAAUAUCUUAGACUUGUACCAAAAAGUUUGAAACGUUUUGUUUGCUUUGGGUUUAAUCGGUU